AUGUGGCUGUUUGAUAAAGUCCGUGCAUCAGGUGAAAACAGCAUUUCUUCUGACAGCAAAAUGUUUGCAUCAUAUGAUGGAAGUGUACCCAGGGUAAAGAUCUCCAGACUAUACAGCAAUGUACUGACACCAGACAAAAUACCAGAUUUCUUUAUUCCACCCAAGCUUCCAGUAGCCCAGCGGAAUAGCUCACGAGGUUCUUGCAACCAGUUCAAUAAAUGCAAAUUGAAACUAUCUGCUUCAUGCAACGAUAUUCCUUCUUUUUCCAGAAAAUGUGAUAGUAAUAAGAACUUUGCACAUCUAGCAAAUUGUCAUAUAAUACAGGUUGAAAGUGCUGAAGAUCUGAGCAGUGACAACAACCAGAGCAGUGACAAAGAUAGGAUUAGAGAUUAUAAAUCGCUGAUGCCUUGCUAUGGAUUUUCACCUUUAUUGGAGAAUCCUCAUACCAGACGAAAGGAAUCAUUAUUCCAUGUCGAUCCAGUCACUAGUUCUAUACAGCAAACCUUACAGCAGAAAGAAUACAUAACAGAUGAUGAUCAGAGACAGUCAACUACAAACACUUUUCUGCAGAUAAAGCAUCUAAGCCUUCCUGAACUGACAUUACCUUUAUCUAAGUCAUCCAGAAUGUUCUCCAGUCAAGGCACGUUUGACAGUGAUACUCAAUCUUCAUCAGAGUCAUCUCCCUUUAACUCUCCAUCCCUGCAUCGGUCCGUGUCCGGGUCUUCCCUCUUGAAAUUAUUCAGCAAUGAGAGUUCCACUCAGGUUCUGCACUCUAAAUCCAAACAGACCUUAGGAAGGAACAGCUCAUUUUCAACCGAUGAAUGUAGCUCUACAGAUACGAGCCCCAGUAUUUCCAGAAAGUCUGUUUACAGCUGUCAAACAUCUCUGCAUGGAUGCCCUUUUGCACAUUCAGCAAUCUUUCCCCUUGAUCUACUCCAGUGUCGUGAAAGAUUGUUUAACGAGCACACAAUCCUACUUAAUAAAAGAGGCACAGUCAGGCUCUCCACAGAAUUCGACUUCAGCAGAGUCACCUUUCGGGUGCGUGUCAUUGCAGUGGAGGAACUGUAUGAUAAAGACUUUGAGAUAAAGAAUGUCAACUGCUAUGUGCUUUUAUACCUGAUGCCAGGUAAAUUUCAAAAACAAUGCAGCACCAUAAUAAAGAACAGUAGUAAUCCAAUUUUCAAUGAAGACUUCUUCUUUGAUGGGAUAACGGAGGAAAAUUACAAGAACAUGUACUUCAAAAUAAAGGUUAUUAACAAGGGAGUUAACCUGAAACGUAAUACCCAGCUUGGCGAAAAAGAGCUUCCUCUCUCAUCCCUUCUGCCAAACCAUCUCUAAU